UUAUUGUUCUUUAGAUAUUAUUAACCUUUAGGUUGCAUAGAAGUUAUUUAAUUUAAUACAGAAUAUGAGAAUUUUUAAUCACCGUUGGAUUUACUUUUGAACCAAUAUCAAAGUUUAAUUCUACUCUGCGAUUUACCAUGGAGAUUGUGAAUGAGUUUGAUCCAUUGGCUUCAUCGAAUACCCAGGAUAAUAAUGCAGAGUUUGAAAUGGAUUUAAAUUUUGGAAAUAAAUCUGAUUCAAACGGUGCUGGGAUAUUAUUACGUAACUAUCAGACGCCAGUAAAGGAAACUAACACAAUGGGAACUCUAAUUGAUCUUUAUGACACAACAGAAGAGAGUACAAACAAUAAUAAUCCAAUACAGAGGCAAAUAUCUGGCCCUACAGAUGUUCGAUCAAAAAUUUCUACAAAUAAUGCUCCUAUAAGACCAGCACGUCCCCCGCCUCCCCCUCCCACCAAGAAAAGAGCAGUCAGCGAAAACUCAUUGAUAGAUUUGGAUCCCAAGUUUGUCAAUUUGCAUAUCAAGCCUUCAAAUUCUUCAAGAUCACUAAAGCAAGCCUCAACCUUUUUCAUUGAUUCUCCGCCAAACCCAAGAGACACAAGAACCCCUACAAGGCCAUCAAGAAGUGGUUCGUCCUUUCACAACGAUUCCUCACCAGAUGUCUCAAGACUGCCAGUUACAAGAGAACCUCAGCCUUUGAACAGCGGGUCAUCCUUCUUUUAUGACAACAUGUCUUCAGCAGACGCAAGUGAAGUCACGCCUCAAAAAUUAUUUGGAGGACGUGAACAAAUUAUGCAGACAUGCAUGGAGAAAAGACAGGAAGAAUACACAAUAAGGAAACCUUUCAAAAUAUUCGUGGGAACAUGGAACGUGAACGGACAGAACCCACCUGAUGAAGUCACGGAUUGGCUGAGCACAGACGAUUUAGUGAGGGAUCCACCUGAUAUAUAUUUCAUUGGCUUUCAAGAACUUGACUUGAGCAAGGAGGCGUACGUCUUCUCCGAGUCAUGGAGGGAAGAAAACUGGAUCGUAGCUGUGUCGAGAUCUUUACCUCAUGUGAAUGUCAAGUAUCAUAUGUUAAAAUCGAUUCGAUUGGUUGGGAUGUUACUUCUUGUCUUUGUGAAGACAAUGCACGUUCUAUCAAUAAGAGACGUCACCUGCCAUCAAGUUGGGACCGGGCUGCUCGGAAGAAUGGGCAACAAAGGAGGAGUAGCAAUUCGUAUGGAUCUCCAUAAUUCAUCUAUAUGUGCUGUUAACUCCCAUCUCGCGGCUCAUCUUGAACAAUGCCAACGUAGAAACGAAGAUUUUAGAGACAUUUGUUCGAGAUUGCAGUUUAAUAUCAACGGACAAAUAAUGCCGAUGUCUGUCUUCCAACAUGACGUUGUGUUCUGGUUGGGUGACCUUAACUACAGGAUACAAGACUUGUCUUCUGAAUAUGUGAAAGAAUUGAUCGAUGAACGAGGUUACAAGCUGUUGAAAGAAAAAGAUCAGUUGAAUAUCGAACGUGGUGACCAACGAGUCUUCCAAGGUUUUAAUGAAGGCGAGAUAAAUUUUCGACCAACUUAUAAGUAUAAUCCAGGAACAGAUGAAUGGGACACUUCAGAAAAGUGUCGGACUCCUGCUUGGUGCGAUCGAGUGCUUUGGAGAGAGUCUGUGUUAUCUCUGAGAACUGGUGCAAACGCAAAACCUCAAUCCUCUGUUGAUCUUCUCAAAUACCAACAACACAUGAAAUUGAAACUGAGCGACCACAAACCAGUCAGUGCUUUGUUCCAAGUCAAGGUCAAAGUAAUAGACGAAGGUCGUUACAAGAAAGUAUUUGAAGACGAAAACAGAAGACUCGAUAAAUUGGAAAACGAAUAUUUGCCAACAAUGAAAUUAAACAAACAACAUGUUGACUUUGGUGAAGUGAAGUUCCAACAACCGAAAUUGGAAACGGUUGAAAUAGACAAUGAUGGUAUGAGACCAUGUAACUUUGAAUUCAUCUGCAAGAAUAAGGAAACGAAUAUCUGUCAGAAAUGGUUGACGAUAACUAAGCCAAAAGGUUGUCUGCUACCUGGUGAAAAGUUAGUUCUUGAGUUUGAAGUUUACGUUAAUCGUUUGUCAGCGCCACUGUUGAAUUCCGGGGAAGAAAGAUUAGACGAUAUUUUGAUUCUACAUCUAGAAGGAGGGAAAGAUUUCUUCAUUACUGUGACCGGUAAAUAUUUGCCGAGUUGUUUCGGAAUGUCAAUCGAAGCUUUGUGUCGGCUACAGAAGCCAGUUACGAUGGUUUCACUUGAAGAGAUAAGAGAUUUGAGCAAGAUCCAACCAAACAGAGGUGCAGAUUUCGUAUCUUCAGAGAACGAAGUUUCGUUGUCUGUUCCUAAGGAACUGUGGACACUCGUGGAUCAUCUGUAUACUUACGGAAGAAAACAGGAGGAUUUAUUCCAACAGCCCGGUCUUCACUCAGAGGUUGAAGACAUUCGAGAUUGUCUCGACACAAAAGUUGACACAACGACGGGAAGAAUGAGGCUGCCUGGUUCAAACCACUCAGCAGCUGAAGCUCUUCUUAUUCUUCUUGAAGCUUUUCCUGAGCCAGUAAUACCGUUUCAUAUCUACCAACCAUGCCUGGAAGUUUGUGAUAUCUUCUUCCAAUGCAAACAGGUUCUUCAAGGAAUGACUCGACACCAUCGCAAUGUGUUCAAAUACAUUUGUGCGUUCUUACGAGAAUUACUGAGAUACAGCAACGAGAAUGGACUGGACGUUGACUUAGUCGCUCAAAUAUUCAGCGGACUUAUGCUUCGUCCUCCAUCAAAAGUUCGGAAACCAAGAAUGGAGGCGCGAUUAGAUCGGGAAAAAGCACAAAAAUUUGUGACACAUUUUCUAGUCAACGCAUACGACGAAUGAAGAAGAAUUCUGCAUUGGACAAGCUUCAAUGAACUUUGUGGUUAUCUAAGAUCAUGGUAUUGAAUCCCAAUGAAAUCCUUUUGAAGUCUGUAAUAUAUCAGGAAACCGAGGCUCUCAAUCCGGGGGUAAAUUACUCUUGAGGGCUAUACUGGACCUGAAUUAGGGGUAAAUUUUGAGAGCAAGAACGUACAAGAUUGCAACUUUCAUGUAUUCUGUUCUGGUCAACUUGGCUUGUAUACAACAAGCCCUAACUGGCCUCCCUCCUAGAUCUGGGUUUAUCAGGCGGGGAGAUAUUAGGAUCUGCAUUGAAGCUAAAUUUCCCAUUCAAGAAAGUAAAUAAUUAAAUGUGGCAUUUGACCUUUCAAAGAUUGCAACAUUGUUAGGAAUGCAACGUUUUCUGAUGGUGGAGAGACUGUCUGGCUUGGCAACUCAUUUCUUGUUUUAUUUAUGGACAAUCUAUGGCAGUUGAGGGGUUAAUUAUUUUUCAAAUUUUACCAAAUUACCAAAUUAAUUUUACUAAAUUAUUUUUUAAAUUUCACCAAACCUCUGGAUUAGAGCAAAAUUCCAGGUUCAAACCGCAUAACCUCCGACCUACGAAACAGUACUUGUGACAUUUUUAUUUGACUAAUUGAGAACGUACUUCGAUUUGCUUGGGGCAGGGGCGGGGAGUAACCAGGGUAAAAAAACUAUAUUUCAAAUUUAUUUUAAAUUUAUUUCAAAUUUCUAUUUUUUGUUUUAAUUGUCAGUAUCUGUGCCAUCUUAUUAUUAUUGCAUUCUCGCAAUUUAUACCCAGAAUUUUUAUUAUCUAAUACCAGUGAAUUUUGCUCAGCAAGAUAAUCCAAACACACUCAAAAGUAAAUCAUCUCUGAGCAAAUUUACAGUCAAACACUGAAACGCCAAGAGCUUCUGAAAUAUUUAGAAUCAUGAUGGUGCAUUACAUGCCAAAUGCCUAUUUGCUCAAUUAAAGCAAUUCUUAUAUACAGGGAGUCCAUGAAGUCUCAAAUUUUUUUAAAAACGCAAAGGGAAUUUUUCAAUACCAUAUAUUGUUUUGGCCUUCACAGAUGAUUUUAAUUGUGGUAAAAAUACUUGAACAAUUGCUGAUUAAAAAACAACAAACCUGGUUAAGAUAUAUUGAGAACUAACUACAUAACAAAAUUGUAAAGGGACUUUAUGGGCACCUAAAUAUUUUAGUAUAUUUGUAUCAAUGUUAUUUUGGCUAGGAUUCGAUUCUAAAUGAUUUGUGAUAUUCCAAGAAAAGCCUAUUUUAAGAACUUACCAUCUGCAACGCCAUGUCCGCCAAGUCCAUGCAUUUGAAAAUAAGUAUGGUUACUGGCUAACUAAUCACACAUCCGAUGAGAAGUCGUGGUUCGCCAUAUGAUUUAGCCCCCUCAUUUUUUUCUGGUGUUAUAUUUUGUGGUGUCAAUUUUGUAAAAGCCCAGCCCUAGACACGCCCAAUGAUUUGAAUAUACCCAGACCUCAAACUCUCUUUUCUUCAAUUUCAUUUUCCACAACUCAGUUUUGUUUUAUUUUUGGAAUGAAUUUAGAUUUAGUAAGAAUUGUUAGUAGAAUGUAUAAAUUAUUUAGAUGAAAAAGUAUUCUUUGUUUUGUUCUAAAACCUGUCUUUUCCAAAUGGAAUAAAGAAAAUUUCUAGGGAAUUUAGAAUAAAAAAAACGGGGUGUCUUCCACUCUGAACAAGUCUUUAUGCAAGCGAUUACUGAACUGCUAUAUAAGGAAAACUUGAGAGGCUUACAAUACUAAAAUGCACCCCUGAUUCAAGUAAUUCUUGAAGAUUCUGUGAAUUGGAAUUGAUGGAUUAUGUGAAAGUUUCCAUUUUUGCAUUGAAACCAUAAUUUAUGUUCAAUUCGACACUUCUCUUAGUUCUGAUAUAAAAUAAAAAAUGCUACCCUUUUCACAAAAUUUACCAUGGUAUCUCCUAAAAUCAUAAUGACUUUAUUCUCAUCCAGGGUAUUUUUUGCACUUCAUAUUUUAUGACGAGUCUUAGAAAGGAUUUUUAAAAAUAUUCGAAUCCUUGUUUGAGUUGGAAAUGUUAUCCAAAGGUAGUUCAAUACGGUAAUAAAAAAACUAGAAUUUUUUUGAUGACUUUUCACACACGAUUCCUCAUUUGGGCUUCGAUUUUUGUUUUUGGUUGUCUUAAACUUUUCAGUGAAAGUUUAUUAAAUUAUAUUUUCCGUCAGUACUGAGCCUUAUUAGUAUUAAAGUGAGUUCCAUGUCAACGUAAUUUUUUCAAAUUCAUUUUCAUUGUCAUGCAUCACUGAACCUCUGCUGCAGAAGCAGUGAAUACUGUAACGUCAUUCAUGGCUGAGAUUCUGCUAAAUUUGCGGGAAAUAAACUGAAUCGAAGUCUUUGAGCGUUAUUUAGGAAAAAUAUUCAACGUUUACAAGAAUUCUGGAAUAAUUUCACAGCUUUGAUGAGAACAAGCCUUCAAGUAAGGUGUUGUGACUAAUUUCCGUUCAAGGGAGGGAAAAGCCUACAAGAUAAUCGGCCGUGUGACGGCGAACGAAUUCUUCAGGACCAUGAGCCAACUGUUUUAGGUUGGAGGCCUCGUGUGAAAUCUGUUCAUCUUUCUUGUGAUCGGUUUUUGAUGAAAUGAUUCUCUAUCUUGUAAUUUUAAAUGUAUUAAUUCCAUUGUAUUUUCCUUGUUAUAUCAUAAAUAGUAUUUUAUUGUUAAUGGCACAUUUUAUAAAAUAAUAUUAUUGUUAUGUCACAAUGUUCCUUCACUGCAAUAUAAUUUUUUCAAAAACUUGA